AUGGCAUCCUUCAAAAAGAUAAAUACUAAGGUGUUCGCAAGAUCGGGGCCUGAAUUAACCCCAGAUAAUAUAUAUUGGAAAAAAUAUACUCCUCCUGUUUUGGUUAAGGAAUUUGGACCAAUUGAUUAUAUUGAUUUUUCACCUGUGGAACCACAUUAUUUUGCUGUCACUUGUUCAGUAAGGGUGCAGAUGUAUAAUCCCAUUACAAAACUAGUCACAAAAAAUCUUAGCAGAUUUAAGGAAGCUGCUUAUGGUGGUUCCUUUCGUGCUGAUGGAAAACUGCUGUGUGCUGGUGGAGAAGAAGCAGUAAUUAAAGUGUUUGAUGUCAAUACAAAAAGUCUUCUUAGACUUUUUUCUGGGCACAAAGCUGCUGUACAUAGAACCUUCUUUACUGCAGAUAAUCUUCACAUCGCUUCAUUUUCUGAUGAUAAGACUACAGCAUUAUGGGAUAUAUCCACUGAAAAACAAAUUGUAUCUUUUAAUGAACAUUCGGAUUAUGUCAGAGCUGGUGCAGUUAGUCCUAUUUCCACGGAUAUAUUAUUAUCUGGGGGUUAUGAUAAAAAUAUAUACAUGUAUGAUACAAGAACAAAUAAAAAAAUUCUUAAUGUGAGCCAUGAAGCUCCUGUUGAAAGUUUAUUGUUUCUACCAUCCGGUGGAAUAUUUUUGUCAGCAGGUGGAACUGAAAUUAGAGUAUGGGAUGCGCUUGCUGGUGGUAGGCUACUUGCAAAAAUCUCCCAGCAUCAUAAAACUGUAACCUGUUUAAAAAUAGCUUCAAAUGGUCACAGAAUUUUAUCUGGUUCUCUAGAUAGACAUGUAAAAAUUUAUGAUUCUGGAACAUAUAAAACUGUUCAUUCCUUGGAUUACCCCAACUCGGUUCUUAGCAUAGGAAUUAGUCCAAAUGAUGAAACUAUAGUGGCUGGUAUGGUUGAUGGUUUGAUUUCUGUCAGAAGAAGGGAAGAAGAUGUACAAAAUGAAAAGCCGCAAAGAAAAAGAGUAUCGUAUAGACGUUCCGGAAAAAAUGUACAUACACCGCAAAUAGAUGUUGUUGUACAAGAGGAAAUGAAAGAAAUCAUGUCUAAACACGAUGCCUGUUUAAGAAAAUUUCAAUAUUCUAAAGCUUUGGAUUGUGUAAUGAUGAGUUAUGUAAUAAAUAAAGCACCACAUGUUACCGUUGCUCUGAUGCAGGAACUUAUUAGAAGACAGGGUUUAAAACAGGCACUUGGCGGUAGAGAUGGCAAAAGUCUUGUAAAUAUUCUGAAAUUUUUGAAUAAACAUGUAGGAAGCGUUCGAUUUGGAAGAGUGUUAUUACACGUUGCUAAUGUGUUAAUGGAUAUCUAUGAAGACCAUCUAGACGAACUUGCUGCAGAACCACGAAAAAUGUUUACUAUUUUAGCAGCCAAAUUAGAAGAAGAAGAAAGUUUAAUAUUAGCAUUAUCAGAAUUACAAGGAAAAUUGCAUAUGAUACUAUCAGCUGCAGAAAUCGUACCUGUUACAUCAACGAAAGAUAAUCAAACUCUAGAACCUUCAAGUGCUGCUCAAAAAAAUCUAAUUUUAAGUAUAGCAUGAACGUAAUACAUCGCAUUGUUUCAUACGUGUAUCAUAGGAAAGUCUUGUACAUAUUUUUCAUACACAUUUUAAUAAAAUCCAAAUAUCGGAUAACAC